UUGGACAUUCGACUAUACCGUUACAUUGACUUCGUCUCGUUCACAAUCUCAGUAGGGCUCCUACGACACGUCUGAUAUUUCCUAGACAUCUAAGAUUAUGUCGCCAUGGUUAAUGUUGCCUCUCCUCUCCGGGAUAAGCCAUUCUUCUUUUGGGCACUGUCAAUCGUUGUCUCUGCUUGUUACUUCAUGGGUGCUCACCCGCAGCUCAAAGCUCCCAAUGGUUCUGCUUUCAUACCAAAGAGCCGAAAGACAAGUACCGGAUGAGUGGUUUAGAUUGCUCGUUAAUGCCCCUAUCUGCUAUUUAAAGAGCCCUGUGCAUCUCUUCGACCAACAGUCUGAAAUUACUUCCAGUAAGAAAUCCUACUUCGUUUCGUUUCGUUCUUUGUCCCACAUACCAUAAUUGUUUGCUCUCCAUCCACAUGCUCAUACAUGCUCGCCCGUUCCAACGCCACGGCCAGCAAUCUAAACAUGUCUCAGCACCGACCUCCCAUGAAG